AUGACUAUCCCUGAUGAGGUUGAUAUUAUCGUGUGUGGUGGUGGAAGCUGCGGUUGUGUAGUCGCUGGUCGAUUGGCAAACCUUGACCACAACCUCCAAGUCCUUCUGAUUGAAGCUGGAGAGAGCAACCUAAACAACCCAUGGGUUUACCGCCCGGGAAUUUAUCCCCGGAACAUGAAAUUGGACAGCAAGACUGCUUCCUUCUAUCACUCACGGCCUUCCGAAUGGCUCGGCGGCCGGAGUGCUAUCGUUCCUUGUGCUCAUAUCCUGGGAGGAGGAUCAUCGGUCAACUUCAUGAUGUACACUCGUGCAUCUGCCUCGGAUUAUGAUGACUUCCAGGCGAAGGGAUGGACCACAAAGGAGCUUAUUCCUCUCAUGAGGAAGCAUGAGACAUACCAGCGAGCAUGCAACAACAAAGAUAUCCAUGGCUUUGAGGGACCAAUCAAGGUUUCUUUCGGAAACUACGUAUAUCCUGUCAUGCAGGACUUCCUCAGAGCAACGGAGUCCCAGGGCAUCCCAACUACUGAUGAUCUUCAAGAUCUCAAUACUGCCCAUGGUGCCGAGCAAUGGCUUAAAUGGAUCAACCGGGAUACCGGCCGACGGAGUGAUUCGGCCCAUGCCUACAUUCAUUCAACAAGAUCCGUCCAUGGGAACUUGCACUUGCAGUGUAACACCAAGGUUGACAAGGUUAUAAUUGAGAACGGAAAGGCUGUAGGUGUCCGAACGGUGCCAACCAAGCCACUCCACCCAUCUCAAAAAUCUCGCACUUUCAGAGCUCGAAAGCAAAUCGUCGUGUCUGGCGGGACUCUUUCCAGUCCUUUGAUCCUCCAACGAAGCGGUAUCGGUAACCCGGAGAAGUUGCGGAGGGCCGGUGUCAAGCCAAUUGUUGACCUUCCUGGCGUCGGUCUUAACUUCCAGGAUCAUUACUUGACCUUCUCAGUUUACCGUGCUAAGCCUGAUACCGAGAGUUUUGAUGAUUUCGUCCGAGGAGUUCCCGAAGUUCAAAAGGCCGUCUUUGACGAGUGGAACCUUAAAGGAACAGGGCCACUGGCCACUAACGGCAUUGAAGCUGGAGUUAAGAUCCGCCCUACGCCAGAGGAGUUGAACGAGAUGGCCAAAUACCCUACUCCACAUUUCAGAGAUGGCUGGGAUAGCUACUUCAAGAAUAAGCCAGAUAAGCCAGUCAUGCAUUAUUCAGUCAUCGCCGGAUGGUUUGGUGACCACAUGUUGAUGCCUGCCGGGAAGUUCUUCACCAUGUUCCACUUCCUUGAAUAUCCCUUCAGCAGAGGCUCUACCCACAUUGUCUCUCCCGACCCUUACGAGGCACCAGACUUCGAUGCUGGGUUCAUGAACGAUGAUCGUGACAUGGCCCCAAUGGUCUGGGGUUACAUCAAGUCCCGUGAGACAGCGAGACGCAUGGACGCCUAUGCCGGCGAAGUCCAGAACAUGCAUCCAUACUAUGCCUACGACUCAGCAGUCCGUGCUAGAGAUAUGGAUCUCGCGACUACCAAUGCAUAUGCACUACCUGGCAACCUCACAGCCGGUAUCCAACAUGGAAGUUGGUCGCAGCCCCUCGAUUGCGGGAAGAAGCCCAAGUCUGGCCUCAUCAACAGCAACUGCCAAGAUGUAUAUGAGGAUCUCCAGUACAGCCAAAAGGAUCUCGAGCAAGUUGAGGACUGGGUUAAACGUCACGUUGAGACUACCUGGCACAGUCUUGGGACGUGCUCAAUGGCACCCAAGGAAGGAAACAGCAUUGUCAAGCACGGCGUUCUUGAUGAGCGUCUCAAUGUCCACGGAGUCAAGAACCUGAAGGUUUCUGAUCUCUCCAUCUGCCCUGAUAACGUUGGAUGCAACACUUAUUCCACCGCUUUGUUGAUUGGUGAGAAGUGUGCCAUGCUCGUCGCAGAGGACCUCGGCUACAGCGGCAGGGCUUUGGACAUGAAGGUACCAACCUACCAUGCCCCUGGUGAUCUUUCUACAAUCGCCACCGCCAGACUUUAA